CGGCCGAGCUUCCCCCAAACUUACCCCGGCACUGGCGCCAGCACCUCCCAAAGCGCCUCGGCUCAAAGCUACCCAACUGCCAAAACUCCAACGACCCCGGCUUGGCAACCUCUCCCGCCGUUCACGAUAUCACGACGCCACGACCCUUCCCGACGACGAGACACAAUAACCCCCUCACACCAUCGAACCUCUCCCAUGCGCGGCCCCUCCUCAAUCGAGCAUCUCGGCAUCUGAAUUCCUCCUGCCCAUCCUCCGAAACCUCACCGCCCAGCGCGCAAUGCGCACGAGCAACCUUCCAAAAUGACAUCCGAAUCAUCACCAUCACCACCACAACCCUCCGCCUCCUCCUCCUCCUCCUCCUCCUCAAAGCAUCCGACCCUCCCUUCGUCACCGUACCCCUACGCUUACGCUCCGGAUAUCAUCCGCGCCCACCAGAAGGACGCCUACUACAAGGGCCACCUCUCCAACACAUUGACCUCCCUCCACCGCCUCCUCCUCGGCGCCCGCUCAGCCCACGCCUCCGCGCCCCUCCACCGCCUCGUCGCCGACACCCUCUAUCUCGGCCUCACCACCCUCCCCGGGAACCGCACCCUCGGCGAGGAGUACUGCGACCUCGUCCAGCUCCACGUCGGCGCCAACGACAACGACGACCCUGCUGGCGCCCUCCCGACCCUGCCCCGCCGCGCCGCCUACAUCGCCACCUCAGUCCUCCUCCCCUACCUGCUCGGCCGUCUCCUCCCCGCCGCCCGCGCCCGACUGCGCGCCGCCCUCGAGCGCGCCAUCGGCCCCGCCGCGAAGCCGAGCGACGCCUCGUCCGCGCCCGCGUCCACAUUCGCGUCGACGCGGAAGAUCCUCGCCGCCUACCUCCUCGCGAACCUCCCCUCCCUCACCUCCGCCGCGCCCCUCCACGCCGCCACCCUCGCCGUCUUCUACUUCACCGGCACCUACUACGAGCUCGCCAAGCGCGUCCUCGGUCUGCGCUACGUCUUCACCCGCCGUGUCCCCGACUCCCCCGACCGCGCCGGCUACGAGGUCCUCGGUGUCCUCCUGGUCGCCCAGCUCGCCGUCCAGUCCUACCUGCACAUCCGCGCCACCAUCUCCGACCUCUCCUCUCAGGUCUCCGCCGCCCGCGUUGCUGCCGCAUCCCGCUCCCACGCGGGCGGCCUCUCCCACGUCGACGUCUCCCUUGACGCCAACGCCUACGCCGCCAACACCAGCGUCCUCCUCGCCUCGGAGGCGACGGCGGCGGCGGCGGCGGGCGGCGCCGGCGCCGGGACCAGCAAGGUCGACAUCGCCGCCGUGACGCACACCCCCGUCGCCGCCUCCGCCUCCGACGGCACCCUCGGCGCGAGGUUCGACCUCGAGAACGCCGGGGUCAUGGCGUACAUCGCGGGUGCCGCGCAACGCAAGUGCACGCUGUGCCUGGAGGAGCUCAAAGACCCGUCGGCGACGCAGUGCGGGCACGUCUUCUGCUGGACGUGCAUCGGGGACUGGGUCCGCGAGAAGCCCGAGUGCCCGCUCUGUAGGAGAGAGGCCAUGGUGCAGCAUAUCCUGCCGCUGCGCGCCGCGUAGCUGGGCCCGGUCGGUCGGUCGGUAGGUAGUGAUGGCUACUUUGCACAACGCGGUGAUUGGGCAUCAUGUAUUAUGACUACAUUGGCUUCUGCGAUGGCUGUGCCAGGACAUGGCGUAUGAUCGGCCAUCCGUAAUUGAGCUGGGAAGAGUGUGGGCGUGGGCGGCAUUUGUAUAAAGCAAGUAUCUAUUCAACACAGCUUGGGUGCAGGGUUGGGCGUUUCUUUCUUUCUUUCA